GCGCCACACGUGCCCAGCUCUCCCCGCGUGCAGCCGCGCCGCGCCGUGCGUUCCGCGUAGCCGAGCCGCGCCCCCUCCCUGUAGCAAGCCGAGCCGCACGCGAAGUCCCUGUACCGAGCCGAGCCGCGCCUACGCCAAGCCGAGCCGGUCCUGUCUUCUUCCAGUCGAGCCGCCAAGCCUGUUUUGGCUCCUUCCACCUAAAUUUUUGCAAAUUGGACCAAAUAGCUGCUGCAGCUUAGGACUUCCUCAGUAGGAACUCAUCUAGCAACAUCUCGAGGAAGAAUGCCGCCACGUAGAGGUGCACGCCGAGGAGGUGGCAGGGGAGGCAGAGGAGCCGGUCGUGGCCAACCGGCGGAGCAACCUGCCGCGCCGCCAGUCAACCCCGACGUACCAGUCAACCCUAAUGCACCGGUCACUCAGGCGGAUCUCGCCGCAAUGGAGCAGCGUUACCAGGCCAUGCUGCAAGCUGCUCUAGCGCCGUUCCUCGCUGCUCAGCAGAACCAGGCCGCCCCUGUUCAGGACCAGCCCGUCAUCCCUCCAGCCCCGGUGGAAGCUCAGCCGGUGCCAGUACAACUGUCAGCUGAGGCCAAGCACUUGAGGGAUUUUAGGAAGUACAACCCGAAGACUUUCGACGGAUCCUUGGACAACCCCUUUAGAGCCCAGCUGUGGUUGACAUCCAUAGAGACGAUCUUCAGGUACAUGAAGUGCCCAGAAGACCAGAAGGUGCAGUGUGCAGCUUUCUGUUUGGAGGAUAGGGGGACUGCCUGGUGGGAGACUGCUGAGAGGGCGCUGGGAGGAGAUGCCAGCAAGAUCACAUGGGAGCAAUUCAGGGAGAGCUUUUAUGCUAAGUUCUUCUCUGCCAACGUGAAGCACGCCAAGCUCCAAGAGUUCCUAAACUUGGAGCAAGGCAAACUGAGCGUGGAACAGUAUGAUGCCGAGUUCGACCUGUUGUCCCGUUUUGCCCCUGAUGUGGUAAGGGAUGAGGCCGCCAGGACUGAGAGAUUUGUUAAUGGCCUCAGGUUAGACCUCCAGGGUUUUGUACGAGCUCUUCGACCAACCACUCAGGCGGAUGCUCUACGCAUAGCACUGGAUCUGAGCCUGCAUGAGAGAGCUGGUCAAUCUAAGGUUGUCGGCACAGGGUCAGCCUCGGGACAGAAGAGGAAGGCGGAGGCGCAGCCCGACGUAAUACCACAGCGGACUCCGAGGUCAGGAGGUGUCUUCCAGAGACACCGUCGGGAGCUGGCAGCAGCUGGGAGAACUUUGAGAGAGCUACCCACUUGUACUACCUGUGGGAAGGUCCAUGGAGGACAAUGUUUAGCUGGGAGUGGAGUCUGCUUCAGGUGCAGGCAGCCGGGGCACACCGCUGAUGCGUGUCCUCGGAAACCCUUAGAGACGACGCCACGUCAGCCUUCUGCUCCCCAGCAAGGGAGAGUCUUUGCCACGAACCGGCAGGAGGCCGAGCGAGCUAGUACGGUGGUGACAGGUAGAGGACGAGGUAAGGGCAAGGGCAAACUGGCGAGCGACUCGAAGUGAGACCGUGAAGGGCCAUAGGGACUACCGCUUCCGCUCAUCUUU